AGAGAGGGAAGGAGAAGCUUGAACCCCACUAUAGCCGUCGACUCCGUCGAUAUCGUUGCCUCGCGCUCUCUCCCCCUCUCUCCUCUCGCUAUCUGCCUGCUACCUCUCUUCUCCCAACCCGCCCUCUCCUCCAGCCACAACUGAAGUAUCGCCAAUAGCAUGCUUCUGACCUCGAACAAUUCUUGGUGAUUUCGUACUUUCUUUCCGCGUCGCCUAGGCCGCCUGCCGCCCAAGUCGUCAGGUAUCUAUCUACCGAGCCCGAGCAUCUCGGGGACAGUAGUUGGGCUGCUCGAGGGCGUCGAUAGGGGUCUUGGUACGCGAUCGACCCACGCGCGGCGUUCGUCGGCAUCAGCAUCACAUCUAGGGUCUCGAACGGCUCGUUGCCUGCUGGCAUCCCUGGCUGCUCCUCUUACCCCACCGUCUACCAUCACUAAACCACAAUAACACGGAGUAAGCCUGCCUGGAAGACGAUACGAACAAAUCUGUUUCUAUACUAUCCGUUUCCGCAUGUUCACCUGCUUCGAUGGCAUUCUUCCUGCGAUCUCCCAGCUGUUGCUGAUACGAGACUCACGCGAAUUUUCUCGUUAGGCCUCCGAAAGUUUCCCCCUCUCCUCCGCUCGGCCCGACACCCCGACAACGCGCUCGACAUUCGCAUCACCAUGGCGUCCUCCGCUGCCGUGAAUAACCCGAAUCUCCAGACCAUCAACCAGCUCCUAGGAAGGCUGUCUGACCAGGACCCCGAUUUCCGGUUUAUGUCAUUGAACGACCUCCAUCAGAUCUUAACGAAACAGAAGGCCGACUUUCUGGGACAUGAUUAUAACACUUCUUCCCGUCUUGUGGAUGCUGUCAUCAAGGCCCUGGAUGAUCAGAAUGGAGAGGUGCAGAAUUUGGCAGUGAAAUGCAUGGGCCCGUUGAUCGCCAAAAUUCCGAUCACCGUCCUGUCCCCGGCACUCGACAAGCUAAGCACGAUGGAAAUGAAGAAUUCGGUCGACGAUUCCAUACCUUCCCUCGCUCUUCGUGCCGCUCUCUCUUCGCUCCCGAAGCCCAUGCACGGAGUAACUCCCUCUCGAGAGGUGAUCGACACCUAUAACAUCAUCAGUCGCGUCCUCAUCCCGCGUAUUCUGGGCUAUUCGGCCGCCAGCGCCACUCCACAGAAGAGCAACACUGGAAUACUAGAGAAGACCAGUGCCGAGUCUAUCGACGUCCUUAUCGAAGUCGUUCGAUGCUUUGGCCCUAUGCUGAAGCCUCUCGAAGUCGAGAAGCUGCAAGACGUGGUCAUUCAAGUAUUGGAGAAGACGGAGACGCCUUCUUCCGUGAAGAAACGCGCUGUCGUUGCGAUUGCCAUUCUUGCGCCCUUCCUCACCGGCGAUGUUCUCGACGGGUUCGUAACAAGGAUCCAGAAGGCGCUAAAUACGCCGAAAAUAAACCCCAUUAUGCGCCGUCUCUAUAUUACCAUGAUGGGUUCGCUAGCUCGGUCGAUUCCGUUCAAAUUCGGACAAUACAUCCCGCAACUGGUCGCAUUUGUCUUGUCUCCCCUGAGCCAGGAGGAGUUACAGAACCAGCUCGAAGCGUUAGAAGAAGGAAACGACCAGCUAAACCCCGAGUUCAACGAGGUUAGGGAAGCCGCCCUGGUUGCACUCGAGUCAUUCCUGGCAUCAUGCGGCUUGCAGAUGCGAGAUUACACGGAUGGGGUCAUCGCGGCAUGUCUGCGCUACCUGAAGUAUGACCCCAAUUACGCCGUUGACGAGGACGAGGAGAUGGGUGGAGAAGACGAGGAUGCGGACGAAGACGAAGACGCCGAUCCGGACGACGAAUUCGAGGACGAUACUGGCUUUGACGACGACGACGACUCAAGCUGGAAGGUCCGUAGGUGCGCCGCGAAGGCAUUAUACACGCUGAUUUCUACGCGAAGCACAGACCUGCUAGAAAAGGGUACUCUAUAUCGCGAAAUUGCCACCCCGCUGGUGAAGCGAUUUGACGAACGAGAAGAGAGCGUUCGUUUGGAGAUUAUCGGGACCGUAGCACUUCUGAUUCGAAAGACCGGCGAAGGCGUCAUUGCGGCCAUCUCAGCCGACGACGAACUCUUGCAUACUCUCGGAGGUAACCGAAAACGUCGGCGGAAGAGUAGUGGUAGUCUGGUGUACACCAACAAGGCGCCUUACUUGGGAGCCACUGGUCUCACGUCGCCUACUCGCGAAGCUGUCCCAUCAACUGGCCCCCGCGCCGAUCUUUCCAAAUUGACGCCACAAGUCGUCAAGGCGGUAGCCAAACUCCUGAAAGGUAAACAGAUUGCCACUAAGCAAGCCGUGAUCAACUUACUAGAUGAUUUGAUUCUGGUCCAGCACGGGGGCUUGUCCGACUACUUUGACCAGGUCAUGCAGCCAAUAAUUGAUGUUACCAAGGGCAUCACCGGUGGCGGCAGCUCAUCGUCUAUCGCCUUAUCGGGAGGCGCCGUAUCCGCAACUGCUACUACGCUACGCGUGGCGGUCCUUCACUUUACUAGUGAUAUAGUCAAGACUCACUCGUCAAGCUUAUUCCAACCGUACCUGGAAAAGAUAGUUUCCGGCGUCGUGUCGGCGGUCCGCGACAGGUUUUAUAAGAUAUCUAGUGAGGCGAUCCGCACGGCAGAAGAGUUGGUUAAGGCCAUAACCCCUCCUCGGGCUAGGCUCACUAUCCAGAAGUACAAGCCCGAACUACAUAAGCUAUACGAGAUCAUACUAGAUCGUGCCUCGGCAAAUGACGCCGACACGGAGGUGCGACAGAAAGCCAUCCAGGCGCUUGGGACGCUCGUCUCGAGGACAUCCUCGGCGGAGGGCCUUGCCCUGCUCUCCGCAGGCAAGCGCCAGGCUGCCUUGGAUCUGCUCCUCGAUCGCCUCCGAAAUGAGACGACGCGCCUGUACGCCGUGCGCGCGAUCGACAACUUUGCGGCGCAUUCUUCGGCCCCGGGUAGUUUCGAGCCUGCAUGGACGCAGAAUGUAGCAUUAGAACUCUGCGUUCAGCUGCGGAAGACGAAUCGUGCCCUUCGAGCAGCCAGUAUCCAAGCCUUGAACCACCUGAUCAUGAGCCCGGUAGCCAAGGGGCACAUCCAAGCCAACACGGCCAACGAUAUCGCGGCCGCCAUCCUACCCGUUAUCGCAGCUAACGAAACCUACCUCUUGAGCCCGGCUCUGUUAGUCAUUUCCCAGCUGCAGUCUGAGCACCCCAAGCUCAUCUCGUCGUCGAAAAUUAUCGAGCCCCUGUGCGAGCUUCUGAAGAAGAAUAUCGCCGGUCUAGUACUAGACUCGCUCGUAACCCUGGUUACGGUUAUCGGGCAAAGCGGUAUGGGCAAGUCAUUAAUGGAAGGCGUCCUGCGAGUUGGCGUAGCGGGCGACCCUACGGUGGUAGGCAAGGUGGCGGGCGCGUUGUUCGUUGCCAGCGGGGGCCAGGUCGGCGUUACCGUUGAUAGUUUCAUUGACGAGCUUAACAAGUCUAGCAAGCUAUCACCACCGGAUACUGCCCGACAAAGCCUCGCUUUGGCCAUCCUGGGGGAGAUUGGGCUCCGACUGGGACCGAAGUCUCGACUACAACCCUCGAUCUUCUUGGGCCAAUUCCACGACGAGCCAGACAAGGUCUCGGUGUCCGCCGCCGUGGCUCUCGGCCGCGCUGGUGCCGGCAAUAUCUCGGUAUUUUUACCCACGAUACUGGACGCGAUCAAACAGCCAGGCAGCCAGCAGUACCUGCUCCUCCAAUCGACCCGCGAGAUUCUUCACCAAGCCAUCGCGUCGUCUACCGAUAUAAGUUCGUACGAGAAGGAGAUCUGGCAACUCUUAUUCACGGCUUCCCGCUUCGACGACAACAAGGCAAUUUGUUCUGAGUGCAUUGGGCGACUGGCUAUAAUGGAGCCCAAGACCUAUAUCCCCAAACUCCAAGAACUCCUGAAAGACCCGUCGCCCGUGUUCCGGGGCGUGGCCGUGCAGGCGCUACGGUAUACGUUGCCGGACAGCGACGAGUCGUUCGAUCUGAUGUUGAAGACGGCGUUAGUCGAGAUGCUCCUGACGGUUCUGAGCGACGAGAACAUGGAAAUCCGCCGACUCGGCAUGACGACGCUGAAUUCGGCAGCACAUAACAAACCGGACCUGAUCUUGCCGCAUCUCGGGGAAUUGAUCCCCUACGUGAUGACGGAGUCGGUCAUAAAGCCGCAGCUCAUCCGGGAGGUUCAGAUGGGGCCAUUCAAACAUCUCGUGGAUGACGGAUUGGAAGUUCGCAAGAGUGCCUACGAGACGUUGUACGCGCUCAUGGAAACGGCGUUCUCGCGGGUGAGCUCCCUGGAGUUCUACGACCGAGUGAUCGCCGGCCUUCGCGACGACAACGACAUCCGAUCGCUCUGCAACCUGAUGUUGAGCAAGCUGAUCGUCAUCGACCCAGAAGAGACGACGCGGCGGCUGGACACGGUGGCGGAGUGCUAUAGGAAGACAUUAUCGACGAAACUCAGGGACGGAGCGGUGAAGCAGGAGGUAGAAAAGCAGGAGGAGGCAGUCAAGAGCGUACUCCGGGUGUCGCUUCUCCUAGCGGAGAAGACGAAGACGACAGUAGCGGGAACGGCGGGCGGCGCCGGUGGUGCGGCCGCCCAGAGCCAGGGGCAGCAGCCGACGGUGCAGAACCCGGUGUGGCAGCAGUACUGGGAGUGGAUCAACAAGGACUUUGAGCGACAGCUUAAGACACUACGGGAUGAGAAUAGGGAGAUGGGAGGAUGAAAAGGGAGAGGAUAGAUGUGUAACUCGCUAACAAGAAGCAUAAUUACGUACGUAGGCGCCCCUGACCGGGAAGGGAGGGGGAUUUGGGGCAGGAUGACGGCGCUCCGAUAGCUGGCCGAUCGAAUAAGGUAGGCUAGGCUUGGUGGCCUAGCCAGUUGUAUAACUCGCGUAUGGAAGAGACACAUGGCCUU